CUGAGUUGUGGAAGCAUUGGCCGCCAUCCGGAGCUUUUGCCUCCGCGUUGCCCAAGUUGUCGUCACCGAUGCUAGCGGGCGGAUGGAUCGGAUCUAUGUAUCCAAUUGGUUCUUUCUCGAGCUAUUUCAUUAUUUUCGAGCGCAAGCAUUUAGUCGACAUUUGGCCGAAGCUGCGUGCGGGCGUGAAUCUCUUAGGGCAACUAAUUUAUAUAAUUGCAAGACGAUCUACAUUACGCAUUUUAAACUUAACAAUUUCUUACGAUUUUAAAAAAGGAUUUUUUUUUUUGAAGCCACACAAUGAGUGAAGCUGCCAAUCCAACGCCCUAUGACUGCCACAUAGGUGCUGGUAUUUACCACAGCAUAGCAACGAGUUUUGCGGAUCAAAAUGUGGUGGUAUCACCACUACUGCUGGAAGCCACUCUGUCCCUGCUCUUCCUGGGCUCGGAUGGAGCCACCGCCGAGGAGCUGCAGAAGCAACUGCGACUGAAGCAACGCUUUCCCAGCAAUGCCAAAAUGGCCAACUUCUAUGCCGCCGAACUGGCCAACAUCACAGCAGAUGCAGACACCUUCCUGCAGCUGCAGAACCGUUUGAUGCUGGGAGCUGAAUCCGGAGUGGCCGAUGAUUUCCAGAAGAUUGCCCAAACCUACUUCCAUGCCACUGCCGAGUGUGUUGAUCUGGAGCAAACGGAGAAGCUGCGUCGCCACAUCAGCGAACAGAUCCUGGCCAGCGUUGGAGGCGGCAGCUGGAAGGAUAUCCACGUGGCAGGUGGCUCGCCGGCGAAAACCCUGCUCCUGCUGCUGGCGGCCAAUCUGCAGAGCAAGUGGUUCCUGCCAUUCAGUGCCUACAGAACCGGACUCUAUGAGUUCCACAGUGGCAGCCAGGUGAAAUCGGUGCCCAUGCUCUUCGACGACGACAUGUUCGUGAAGUUUGCCGAGCUGAGGGAUCUGGAUGCCCGUGCCAUUGAGCUGCCCUACGAGCACGCCGAGGAGCUGUCCAUGCUGCUCAUCCUGCCCAAUCAGCGUGGUGGCCUGCAGGAACUGGAGAAGCAGCUGCAUGACCUGGAUUUGGGUGCACUGCAGCAGCGAAUGCAGAUGGAGGGCGUGCAGGUGCUGCUGCCCAAAUUCAGCAUCGAUUUCGAGUGCAGUCUGCGGCAGCCGUUGAAACAGCUUGGCUUUGAGGAGAUAUUUGCUGCAUCCGCGAACUUCAAGCACCUGCAUGCAUCUGCCAAUCUGCCCAUUGCCGAUGUUCUCCAAAAGCUGCGCAUAAAUCUGAAUGAGUCUGGAUCCGGACCAGAGUUGCCAAAGAAUGCCACAGAAUAUAAACCCAUUGUGAUCAGCAAUUCCUCCCGCCAGAAAUUCUUCCGAGCUGACCAUCCAUUCUUCUUCGCCAUUCGCAGUGAGAAUGUGACCUAUCUGAUGGGUCAUGUGGUGGAAUUUUAAUAAUUCCAGUUAAAAUUUAGAUACACGGAAGGGUUGUGCAAUAUGUUAACUUGUAUAAAACUAAGUAAAAUAAAACUAAUAUUUACUAAACAAGUAA